AUGAAGCAGAAAGAAUAUCCUCAGAUGGCGUCUAUAUAUCCAUCUGUUGAUCUAGAACGCGGCAUACUCCGCAUCACCUAUAACCCCAAGGCCACAGAUGGUCCAUUCAGCCUCGAAAUUCCGCUUAUUUGGGAUGCCAAAAGCACGAGUGUUAUGAGUUCUCUAGUGCGCUCGAGUUGUCGAAAAAGAGUACCCAGUGCCUACGAGCCUAGCUCAUGCCUUCGUGCCUACGCCUCGCCAGUGGUCUCGGCAUUCUUUACAGAGCUCUUAGUAUCUAGAAGAAUCGGUUCCGGAGGCUUGCUACCUUGGAUUCCUCUUCGCGUGUAG